UUCGUGUAUCAGAUGCUUUUUUAGGCGUUCUACUCAUUGGCUUUGCACUCAUUAUACUUCCUUAUAACUCUCUAAAUGAAGGAUAAACCAACAGGAAUCCAAAUGGAGCCGGAGUAAUUAUCCCUGCAUUGUUGUGUGGAGGCUGCUCGGAGGAGGGAAUGGACGCAAGCGAGCGAGCAGAGGCGCACCGAGGCAGCUACCUGACAGAUCCAGCUCCUCUGUGAUGCUGCCGUUUACGCUGGCUGAGAAAACCCGUGGACACCCCGAGGACUGCUUUAUAAGACGCUAACGAGUGAGAAAUCAGCGGCUAUUUGUUAUUCUGCACGUGCUGGGAUUGCAUAUUGCAUUGAAGAGCAUGGAGAGCCAGUGCACUCUCCGCCUGCCGUGCACGGAGAGAGAAUACAACACUGCUUUGAUUUUCAUCUGAAUACGCAGCUUUUCUUAACGAGGUGAUUUGUCUGCUUGUGUUCUCCCUCCGAACUGCUAUCUUUUGUAAUUCCUCUCAGAUUUGUGUCUUUGUUUAGAGUGUGAAAGCCCAGCAUCAACUCGGUCAUUGUACAGAAGUGUGCGAGGAGAGGACAGCGUUGGCAUCUCUCCAUGCGCGCUCCACGCCGGGCUGUUUAUUAUUAUGGAACUGUGACCCUAGCUGAAGUACAACCCAUGCUUUCAAAAUCUACAAUUUCUCUACUUGUUUACAUGCGUGGAUGUGUGCAUUUUGAGGAUAUCUUUGCUAACAUGAGAUGCAUAGCGUGUUGCUUUACCGGCUCUCAGUGACGCAACAUCUUACACAGACUGCAUGAGAAAUGUAUGCGUAAGGGCGUGAACUUGCAGACAGUAACCUCCUUACAAUUAAAACAGCAUCUGCAUAUAUAAAGCCAGGGUUUCAACCCGGUGCACUUCAUUCAGCUUAACUCAUCCCGAGGACAAAAUGGAUAUCAAAGCGGACUCAGAGGACAUGGACUACAAGCGGCCGGCUCCUAUUGAAGUUUUUGCCAGCAGGUCCACGCUGCACGGCAUCUCGCACAUGUUCACUUAUGAGCGGAUGUGUAUCAAACGCACCCUGUGGAUUUUGUUCUUCCUAGGAUCCCUGGGUGUGCUGGUGCUGGUUUGUGUGGACCGGGUGCAGCUCUACUUCCAGUAUCCACAUGUCACCAAGCUGGACGAGGUGGCUGCCCCUCAGCUGGCUUUCCCCUCAGUCACCUUCUGCAACCUCAACUCCUUCCGCUUCAGCAGGGUGACGCGCAACGACCUGUACCACGCUGGGGAGCUCCUGGCCUUACUCAACGGCAGGUAUGAGAUCCGAGACCCACACCUGGUGGAGGAAAAUGUCCUUCAGAUCCUGAAAGAGAGGGCCGACUUUGACAGCUAUAAGCCCCGCCCCUUCAACAUGCGUGAAUUCUAUGAUCGAACAGGCCACGACAUCAAGGACAUGCUGCUGUCCUGCUACUACCGAGGCAUGGAGUGCAGCGCUGAAGACUUCAAAGUGAUAUUCACACGCUAUGGAAAGUGCUACACCUUUAACUCCGGGCAAGACGGGAAACCCCUUCUAGUGACGAUGAAGGGCGGGAUGGGGAACGGCCUGGAGCUGAUGUUGGACAUCCAGCAGGAUGAAUACCUGCCCGUAUGGGGAGAAACUGACGAGACAUCGUUUGAAGCUGGGAUCAAAGUUCAGAUCCACACCCAGGAUGAGCCGCCGUUCAUUGAUCAGCUGGGCUUCGGAGUGGCGCCGGGGUUUCAGACCUUCGUCUCCUGUCAGGAACAACGGCUGACGUAUUUGCCUCCACCAUGGGGGGACUGCAAGGCCACACCGAUGGACUCAGACUUUUUCAGCACUUACAGCAUCACAGCCUGCCGGAUCGACUGUGAGACCCGAUACUUGGUGGAGAACUGCAACUGCAGGAUGGUCCACAUGCCUGGAGAUGCUCCAUACUGCACCCCAGAGCAGUACAAGGAGUGUGCGGAUCCUGCCUUGGACUUUCUCGUCGAGAGGGACAAUGACUACUGCGUGUGCGAGACGCCAUGCAACCUGACGCGCUACGGGAAAGAGAUGUCCUUUGUCAAGAUACCCAGCAAAGCAUCUGCCAAGUACCUUGCAAAGAAGUUCAACAAGACGGAGCAGUACAUCUCUGAUAACAUUUUGGUUCUGGAUAUCUACUUUGAAGCGCUGAACUACGAAACCAUCGAACAAAAGAAAGCCUACGAAUUGGCAGGCCUUCUGGGUGAUAUUGGAGGUCAGAUGGGUCUGUUUAUCGGUGCCAGCAUCCUCACCAUUCUUGAACUCUUUGACUAUCUUUAUGAGGUGAUCAAGUACAAGCUGUGCCGAUGCGUGAAGAAGAAACACAAAGGCCGCAACAACAACGACCGAGGAGCUGUGCUGAGCCUGGAUGAUGUGAAACGCCAUGCUCCUUGUGAGAACCUGCGUACACCAUCGACAUAUCCCGGCAACAUGCUACCUCAUCACCCAGGCCAGGGCAACUUUGAAGACUUCACUUGCUGAGCAGACAUGAGGUGAAGCAACAAAGUGCGCGUUAUGCAACCAAAGCAAACAACACAACGAGAACUUAUCCAACACAGGGAGCGUGAGGAACUGAUACAAAGUCUAACAAAUGCACUUUUUGCUUAGAAAUGGGAGUAACGCUGACAAAUCAAACAAGACAAAAGCAGUGGAGGAACUUUUACCCAAGAGGAAACCCAAAAUAUAAAAAUAUCUGUUAAUUUUCCAGCAAACUUUUCAAGCAGCACUCUUCUAUCUCUGUGUUUCUUUUUCUGGAAUACUGCCGAUAAGGACGCUCAAGGAGAAACCUCGCCAACAAGGACCUCUCUUUCAAAAGACCAGGAAAAAAAAAGUGUAAAAAUAACCACGGGAACAUGUACAGUUAUCUCGCCAUAGACAGCAGAUCAGAAAAAGAGCCCCCAUGCCUUUAUAUAACAGCACCACAUUAUGGUUUCACACACAACACGGGACAAAAAUCCACUCUGCUUUCUCCACUGUUCAUGUAGCAACAUCUGUAACUGUUGCAGCGCUCAGUGAAACAACAGCCGGACUCUGUGUCGUUUGUACAAGAAUGUAUCUAUGUUUGCGACGAGUGUAGUUGGGCGUGCAGGGAUGUUUUUCUGAUGGGGUCGUAGAGGUAGAGGUGCUUCAUCUACCAUUUGAAAUGUACUGGUGAAGAUUUCAGGUCUCAUCAUGUAAAUGCAUGCUUGUAUUUGUCCAGUGCAUGUUUUUCAUUUCAUUUAUAAUUUAGAUUUUUUUUACAUAUUAAUAUAUAAAUAUUAUAAUUACCAAGUUUGCCUCAAUGAUAUACAGGAAAAGGAAGAUGAUACAUCCCACAUAUUUCUGUCUGUGUGUCGCUAAGCGGUGUGAGUGCGUUCAUGGGUGCCUACAUCCGAGCAGGAGCAGAGAAGUGUUUUGAUUGAAUGAGCUGCGGCUAAUUUUAAUUUCUCAUCCGUUCUUUUUUUUCCACAUGUGCCCGAUGAGUCAAAGAAUCUUCUUUUAUCCACUCUUAUCUCUGCUGCGAGCUGACAUGACGUGAGUUUUUUUUUUUCUUUUCCAGGAGUGUCGAUGAUUACUGAAAUCCUCGGGAGUUUCAUGGGGCUGUUACAAUUUUUUCUGUAUCUGUGUUCUAGUUGCAAAACGUCUUAUCAAAGCACAAUACCGCCGGUAUGUAGAGGUGAUGUAAAAGACAACGUACUAUUCUUCUUGAUAUAUUGUCAUAUUAUUAAUAUCGUGUUGAUCCAACUGUUUUUUCAGUUGUUUUUUUCUUCUUUUCAUAUAAAAACAUACUCAAUA